AUGGUGCAAAAAGAGGUAGUGCGUGAAAUGCAUGGCCUCAUGAAAUGGGAUUAUGCAAAUUGUGGAAAUGAAAUGCAAUGUUUGAAAUGGGAUUAUGCAAAUUGUGGAAAUGAAAUGCAAUGUUUGAUCGUGGAUUAUGCAAAUUGUGGAAAUGAAAUGCAAUGUUUGAUCGUGGCAAUCGUGACUAUUGUACGCGGAUUAAGGAGAAAAAUGGUGCAAAAAGAGGUAGUGCGUGAAAUGCAUGGCCUCAUGAAAUGGGAUUAUGCAAAUUGUGGAAAUGAAAUGCAAUGUUUGAAAUGGGAUUAUGCAAAUUGUGGAAAUGAAAUGCAAUGUUUGAUCGUGGAUUAUGCAAAUUGUGGAAAUGAAAUGCAAUGUUUGAUCGUGACAAUCGUGACCAUUCCGCUUCAUCACAUCAUGGACUACGCCGGCGACGACAAGUCAUCCAACAGCAGCGCGCCUUCUCGGACGUUCGACGCUAAGGCAAUAGCAGCCAUCCCGGCGGACGUGAAGGAGUACCCAGACUCGUACGUGUUGAUCAUAGACAUGCCGGGGGUGAAGUCCGGCGACAUCAAGGUGCAGAUGGACGAGAAGAACGUGUUGAGUAUUAGCGGGGAGCGGAAGCGUGAGAUGAAGGAGAAGGAGGGAACAAAGUAUGUGAGGAUGGAGAGGAGGAUGGGGAAGUUAAUGAGGAAGUUUGUGCUGCCGGAAAAUUCGAAUAAGGAGAAGAUCACGGCGGUUUGCCAGGAUGGGGUGAUGACCGUCACGGUGGAGAAGCUGUGGAAGCCAAGGACCAUUGAGGUCAAAAUUGCUUGA